AUGGACAAUGAGACAAAAGCCAUAUCCAAGGUAGAUGUUCUCCUCGAUACCGGAGCGGAAACAUCAUUUAUCGAGAGUUCACUUGCAGCAAAGUUACACCUUCCUGUACUCGAACAUAAGACAAUUAGACUGCACACGUUUGGAUCGAAAGAAACGAAGCAAGAAAAGUAUGCGCUAGUCAGAUUGGAAGGAUGGGAUGACGAAGAAACUUUGCAUUCAUUAGAUCUGUUGACUUAUGAGGUUUUGACUAGGUCUUUUUCAUCACUGCAACUGUCGGUAGAGGAUCAGAGUUUCCUGAACUCCCUCGACAUUUCGCUACCUAUACGAAAAGAUAAAAAAAUUGUCAAACCUCUCAUACUCCUACAAUGUGAUCAGUUGUGGUCAUUCAUGAGGUGCGACAAAUCAGCAAUACCUUUGCCAUCAGGAUUUUAUCUUUUGCCAACCAAGCUAGGACCCAUAAUAUCAGGAAAAGCGAAGUCAAUAACAUCCAAAACGGCUCAGUCAAUGACAUGCCAACUGAUUCAAGUUUCUCCUUAUGUAAAUGACAUCAGUCACUGGGAUAGUACCCGGUCCAUGGAUGAUGCUGGUGAAACUCAAGCCACUACGAUAAGAGCUACAGUGUCAGACAUAACCGAGGAAGAAAGGGAGAAAUGGGAUCAAUAUUGGACAAUGGAUAAAGCUGGGACUGAAGGACUCGGCAAUACCGAGAAAGAGGUUCGUGCUGCACUAGACGAAAAAGUUUGGAAAUUCUUCAACCACACAAUCCAACAGAAAGAAGACGGAUACUACGUCCCCCUUCCUUGGAAAGAGCGAUAUCAAUACCUUUCGGACAAUGAAGCACUCGCCCAGAAACGUCUAGUCAACGUAUGGGCUUUAUUACGAAAGGAUGUGAACAUUCUGAAUCAAUACAAUAACGUGUUCCAAGAACAACUGGUUAACAAUAUAAUCGAAAUAGUGGACGAAACAGCACCAACUCAAGGAAAUCAAGUCCACUACAUCCCUCAUCAGCCCGUCUUUACUCCGAACAAAGCGGCAACCAAGCUACGGGUAGUUUUCGAUGCGUCGGCACACUAUAAAGGGUGCCCCUCAUUGAACGACGUACUCUAUAGAUGA